AUGGUCCAGUAUCCUGAAGCACAGCACCGGGCCCAGGAGGCUAUUGAUGCUGUAGUAGGGAGAGACAGGUUCCCUAACUUUGAAGAUAGACCGGCCCUCCCUAUCAUCGACGCGCUAAUUCGUGAGACUCUGAGACGCGCUCCAGCGUUGCCAGUCGACCUGCCUCAUGGUGUGACAGACGACGAUAUAUAUGAGGGUUACUUCAUAUCAAAAGGUUCGGCCAUAUUACAUGACGAAGUCAGAUUUGUAAACCCAAUGAAGUUCGAUCCCGACCGCUUUCUCGACGCAAAUGGUCAGCUCACGAACGACCAUUCUCACUUGCUCGUCUUCGGUUUCGGAAGACGCAUGUGUCCCGGCAGACAUCUUGCGGAUGCCUCGCUGUGGUCUGCGAUGGCCUGCAUGCUCGCGAUGUUCGACUUUGCGAGGGCCAAGGAUGCUCAAGGGCGAGAGAUCAAUAUCGACGAUGCGGAAUGGAGCAAUGGGCUGACGAGGUGA